AUGAUUCUUCACAAAGCUUUGCAUGCUCUUGAGUCUUGUUGUAGAUCCAUCCCUCUCCUCCAACAUUUUAAAUGUUGCCCCUUCCUAGGAAAAUUCCUGGAUCCGCCGCUGCGUACCAGUAGGGAACCUCUCCUUCCUCAAGAACACCAUCACAAAGUCCUGAUGUAUAACAAAUGGCGGAAUGGAUUGAAAGAGAAAUGGAUUGAAGAAUGGAAAAGGGACGCAAUUGGAAUUUGCAAAUUUGGCGUCCGAAAUCCGAAUGGAGUGUAUGCUACCUUUCCGGAAAGGAAACGGGGCCACAAAUAG